GUAUCAUAGCAGACAUCCACAUCCACGCUGCGGUUUAACAUUCAUUGAGAUCCCGUGCUACAUCUUCCCCCUUUCGGCGAACCCAUAAUACAAGACCCUCAAAGCACCCUUUCUCUCCCUCCUCGACACAUGUCCUCUACCAGUAGUCUUCCUUAAUCCCCCCCACCCCCCCGCACCCAGGCCCUUGCACCACGUCAACCUUGGAUCCAACCAGACAAACACCUUUAGGUUAAGCAGCAGCGGCCAGUCGAAAUUUGGCACCAGAGAUGCCUUCACUGUCUCGAAGCUCACAGAGCUCUGCACGCUCGCAGAGUCUCCAAAAGAAGAAAGUAAUAAUCAACGUCUACGAUCUUCUCCCACCCGGGCGUUUAUCCAGUAUAGUUUGGACACUCGGCGUCGCCCUCCUCCACUCUGGUGUUGUCAUCAACGAUCGGGAGUAUGCGUUCGGCGGUCAUGACCGCCGAGGUUUUACUGGUGUUUACUGGACGAAACCAAAAACGGAGCCCCCAGGAGGAACUUUCAGAUCGGAAAUCUUACACGGCUUUACCUAUGCUAGCGACCAGGAGAUUGAGCAAAUAAUUCGAGAAGCCUCCAGCGAGUUUUUAGGCCCUACUUACAAUCUGCUUACCCGGAACUGCAACCACUUCACCUCCCAUCUCUGCGUCGCUUUAACUGGGCGAGCGGCUCCGGCCUUUCUGAACCGUGCGGCUAGCAUCGGUGUCGCACUACCAUGUGUGGUGCCUGCCGGAUGGAUCGAGCCACCCGAGUGCGAAGUUGCCGAUGACUGGACCGACCAUGAUGAAAAUGCGCGACUCACAAGGAAUGCCGGGGGUGCUAGCUCGGCAUCAAGACGGCGGUCUGGUGACGAAGCGUGGGAGUCGAGCAACGAAGGGGAUUGCGCAAGCGAUGAUGGCGAAGCUGAACGGCAGCUGAGGAAAAGGGAGCGAAUCAAAAGGAUGAAGGGCCGGGAGAGUGUUGAGCUCAGAGAUACCGAUGGAAGGGAGGUACCAGCUGCGGGAAGGGCUAGGGUGAGUAGAAGAAUGUGACGGGAACGCUAUCAUUGUCUGUUUCUUGUGCAUUCAAUGUGGAGGAGUGUACAAUCUUACGGGUUCAUUACACUUGAGUAUUUAUUGUUCUCACGCAUGUUUAGUCGGAAUUUUGCUGGUCAACUGUCGGAUCUUGAGAAAGGGAUGGGCGGAGAAAUGGCGCAAAUUGAUUUUGUUCUUUUGUUUCUUCUUUGUCGUGAAAUAUGAUAGCACCUCGUACAUUCUA